UAAACUGCUAAAGCUUUAAAUUAUCAGUAAUUUACUGAUGGCAGUAAACGAUAUUUGUUUAAUAAGUAUCGGUCGGAAUGGAUAGUAAUGGUGAGGAUUUUUCAGCGCCGGAGAUCAAUCUUAAGCGGCUGCUUCGCAAGUGCGAACUGUUGGAGAAGGAUCAGCAGACAGACUGGCGCUUCGACAAGUACGUGGAGGCAUUGCAGGAGCUGUUCCUAUCCGUGAAAGCUACGGCGGAUACUGCGCCAAAGAGAAGCGAUUCUGUUCUAGACCGCAUUACAACUUACAAAUCGCGGGUCGAUCAUUUACGCCGUAUUUCCAGGCCUGAUUUAUUUUCAGAGGAAAAUGACCGGAAACUGCUCCUUGACAAACGUUCGCUCUCCAGAAACUUAGAGCCGUCACAGGACACCGCAGUACGGUUGAAGCAGGAUAAUGCUGUUCCCGGGGCAGGAGACAGUGGAGCGAGCGUGGUCGAUUUCUCUGCAGAGACAACUUAUCCGCCAAUCGGAUCUUCGUACACGAGAAAUACGGCGGCUGCUGAAACGUCGAAGCCUUCUUCCAGAGAUCUGGAUAUUUUGAUGGCCCAUGAAAUGGAACGACGGGAGCGCAUCACCGAUGAAAUGCUGGAUCUGACGCAGACGCUGAAAGCCAACAUGACAACAGCUAAUCAGCUCGUCCGGAGAGAUUUCACGGUGAGACAAUUGACAAAACAACGGCAAUUGUGGACAAAAACCAGACUCGUUUAGAAAAGGAAAAUGCGAAAUUGGCGGAGCAGACAAAAAAGAACACAAGUUGGUGGGUGCUGUUCUUCUUGAUUGGAUUGUUUGGCAUUUUUGUAAUGAUGGUACUCUUUAUGAGAUUGUUUCCCAAGCCACGGACACGAUAAAAUUGUUGAAGUGCCGGGGAAACCGCCUGUAUAAUAAGAUCAUUUGUAUGAAUUCUCUUGUGCAGUCUUUCGAGCGCCGGUAUCCUGCCAGUCAGUUGCAAACGUGCUCUUCUAUUCGCUCUGUAAAACAAUUUACACAAAUAAAAUUUAGGGAAGU